ACGCUGACGCGCGGAGCAGUCGGGUGCUGCUUUUUCGUACGGCCGCGCUCCUGCCUGGGCUGCGCCCACGCGGAACCAGUCUCCGCCGGGUUCCUUCGCAGAGCAGGGCUGUGUCGUUACCCAUGAAGCGUGUGAUGGAAGGGGGCACGUUGUCUCUGGUUUUGGGCUCCCUGGGGGUCUUGCUGCUGUACCGGAUGCUCGUCCGAAAGAGAUGGGUCACUGCAAUCCAGGAUGCGGUGGUGGUCAUCACAGGGGCCAGCUCUGGCCUGGGGAAAGAGUGUGCGCGGGUCUUCCAUGCUGCAGGGGCGCGGCUUGUCCUGUGUGGACGUGAUGAAACCCGGUUGCAGAAGGUGGUCCGGGAGCUUACAGAGAGUUUGACAGACAACAAGCGGCAGACCUACACCCCCAGCACGGUGACCUUUAACCUGUCUGAAACGGAGUCAGUAGACAGGGCUGCAGAGGAGAUCCUGAAAUGUUAUGGCCAUGUGGACAUCCUUAUCAACAACGCUGGAAUCAGUUACCGUGGAAACAUCCUGGACACUCACCUUUCAGUUCAGCGGGAUGUCAUGGAGACAAAUUACUUUGGACCCAUUGCUCUUACCCAAGCCCUCCUGCCCUCCAUGGUCCGCCGGUGCAGUGGCCACGUUGUGGUCAUCAGCAGUGUGCAAGGCAAAAUCGCCAUUCCAUACAGAUCAGCUUACGCUGCCUCCAAACACGCUACCCAGGCCUACUUUGAUUGCUUAAGGGCGGAGAUGGAUCGCUAUGGGAUUCAAGUGACCGUCGUCAGUCCCGGCUACAUUCGAACCAACCUGUCGCUCAACGCCGUCACGGGGGACGGCUCCCAGUACGGAGUGUUGGACAAGACCACAGCAAUGGGCAGUGACCCCGAGGAUGUGGCCCGAGCGGUUCUGAAGGCUGUCCGUCAGAGGAGCAAGGACGUCCUAUUGGCAGGGCCUCUCCCCACCCUCGCCGUCUUCAUCCGCACACUGUGGCCCACCCUCUUCUUCAAACUCAUGUCCUCUCGGGCUCGCAAGGAGCAGAAACCCAAAGACGAUUAAGAAGGAAUAAGGUCCAAAGCAGGCAAGGACACAGCAGUUUUUGGGGAAGGACAUACCAAGGAAUUAAGAGGUUAACAGCAGUAAUGGAGACGGUUCCAGUGAUCAAACCCCAUUCCCCAUGGGGGAGGCCUUGCAGAUGUGGGACGUGACUAGUGUAGACGUUUUUGAGUUGCUCGUGACCACAUCAGCCACGCCUACACCGCUCCCGGCAAAAAAAGCUAGCGCCAUUAACUGAUGCUACUAAAUCAAGAGCUUGUGCCUACCCUGACUGGCUGGUCCAGCUUGUUAGCACUGACAACUGAUCAACAAUUCAAAAUAACACGCAAACUCAUUGAGGCGGUACCACAUUUUGGAGCCAAGCGGUAGUUGAUCUUCUCUGCCACCAGCUAGGGUAAGCUUUGACAAGUAACGCAACAAUAGAUACGUGUACCGUGUGUGCAACCUUGUCGAUAAAUUUGUGUUCAUCACCUUUCAGAUAUUGUGCUAAUGUGACCGAGCCCUUGUCAUCCUCGCAGCCAAGAUAUGAAAAAGGUAACGCAAAAGUAAAAUCGUGAAAGGGGGAAAAGGCACACUGAAAACAUCUGACGUUUGAAUCCCAUUUACGCCUGAUGUACAUAUAUGCUUUUCAGGUGAUUGUAUAGCAGCGUGAUAACCUUACAAACUAUAGCCCUCAAAUGUAGUUACCCCCAUUACAGCUGCAGACAAAUGGCCGGAUGCUUGGCAUACUGCAUGUGGAAAUGAUGCCGGACAGUUGACCUGCAUUUACCAGCAAACGGACGCUUAUGCAGCAUGUCUGAUUAUUCACCUUCAUUCCAAAAAAUAACUCCCCGAGUAUUUUUUUUUUUUACCCCCCUUUUUCUCCCUAAUUGUACUCGGCCAGGGCAGCACGGCAGCGCAGUGGUUAGCGCGGUCGCCUCACAGCAAUAAGGUCCUGGGUUCGAGCCCCGGGUAGUCCAACCUUGGGGGGGGGGGGGUCGUCCUCUGUGUGGAAUUUGCAUGUUCUUCCCAUCUGCGUGGGUUUCCUCCCGCAGUCCAGACAUGUAGGUCAGGUGAAUUGGCCGUACUAAAUUGUCCAUAGGUGUGUGUGUGUGGCCCCUUGAUGGCCUGGCGGCCUGUCCAGGGUGACUCCCCUCCUGCCGCCCAAUGACUGCUGGGAUAGGCUCCAGCAUCCCCGCGACCCUGUGUGGGGAUAAGCGGGGUGGUUAAUGGAUGGAUGGAUGAACUUACCAAUUACUAUUUUCCGAGCUGUCCCGGUCGCUGCUUCACCCCCUCUGCCGAUCCGGGGAGGGCUGCAGACUACCACAUGCCUCCUCCCAUACACGUGGAGUCGCCAGCCGCUUCUUUUCACCUGACAGUGAGGAGUUUCACCAGGGGGACGUAGCACGUGGGAGGAUCCCGCUAUUCCCCCCAGUUCCCCCUCCCCCCAAACAGGCGCUCCAACCGGCCAGAGGCGGCGCUAGUGCAGCGACCAGGACACAUACCCACAUCCGGCUUUCACAACUAACUGUGUCUGUAGGGAUGUCUGACCAAACCGGAGGUAACACGGGGAUUUGAACCGGUGUUCCCCGUGUUGGUAGGCAACGGAAUAGACCGCUACGCUACCCGGACGCCCACAUGUUCGUUAGAUCUUAUAGAUCCUAUCUGUUUGGAUUCAUCCAUAGUGGCGUGUGAGUUGUGAGGCGUCACGUCACAUGAUCAGUCAUCACUGUAAACAAGUUGAUCUGUUAAGGCCUCAUUCUCCCUGUAGACACACAUGGUUGUGCCCUUCAGGGAUGAACUGGCUUCUCCCCCUUUUUCCUCACUGCCUCUCCUCCUCAGCCAUCAUGUCAUCAUAGGCAUACAAUGUUUUUAUUUUUUUAAGUAAUCAAUUUUGUAUAUUGACCAUUUUAUUCUUAAUUAAUCAAGUAAAUUUAAAUUCUAGCAACUGUGUUGACUUUGAACGGGAAACGGGUUUUGAGGAAUUGUCUUAUGCAUAUUCUUGUAAUAUGUCCAACAUGUGAUUCUGAAUCUUGUAUUCAACUUGGAUGCACUGACUUCUGCCACCAUUUUUUUGGGGACAAUGUUCAACAAUUGUGAAAGUGAAAGUUUACCAUCUAACAUGAAUUAUGUUUAAAAAAAUGCAACUUAGUGGUGUUGUUGCUGUGUUUGUAAGCACGUGGUACUAGUUUUAGUUUGUUACAAAACUAAAAGGCCAGUUUUUAGGAGGAACCCUAGACUGAUGGGAAUGACAGAAUAUUUGAACAACGGUUCACCUACCUUAUCCUCGGAGGUAGCACAGUGAAGAGUAUGAUAGAAAUGGAGAGCUAUUAAAAUACGA